AUGUCAGACCACGAAUCAGUUCACUCUGCUAACUCCAUGAAGACAGAGGCGCUUCAUGAUCACAGGAACCAGGCUAAUUCGUUGCCUAUUCGCCGUGGCUCCGUGUUUGAUGGGGGUAGGCUUCCUCCGCCUGCUAUUGAGGUUGUUGCUAGUAGUACCAACAACGCAACCAAUAAUGACCCGGCAGGUGAGAUCUCAACAACACUGGAUGACGAUACAGACACCAGUGAUGAGAAGUUAAGACCUGUGACUCGUGUCAAACUGGAGAGUGACGAUGACUCAAAUGGAUACACUAGUCCUCCGUUGAAGUCGAGAGGCCGUUCUUUGAGUGGUGCUAAUCAGCACGACAGUACACCAUCACGUGGUAUAUUACAGACACCUUCUGUGGUUUCUAGAAAUUCCAACUCAAGAGCGGAUUUUGAUAACGAGUUGAAGAACUUUGAACGUCGUCGUCGUCUUUCACGUUCUUCCAAUAACGAUUCAGAGGCAACUUCAAGAAGAUCGGACUCCUUGGAGACUGAGGAAGAUGUCUGUUUCCCGUUAUUGCCUGAACACGUGAGGGUCAACGGCAUUGACUUUGACGAAUUGGAGGAGUUUAUCCAAUCUUGCCGUGAAGAAGAUGAAAGGCUACGUAAGGAAGGUGGAGUCACCACUGGUUCAAGUUCCAACUCGUCAAGUGCUGCUGCUCAAAGGUAUACUCCACAGGUUCACAGAACGUUGAGCAAAAUAACUACAAGAUCAUCAAACGCAACUGGUGUACAGUUUGGCCGUGAUAGAGUGGAAGGUGAAACCAGUGCUCCUGAUAGAUUCUCAUUCUUCUGUUCUGAAUCUGACGAGACUGUUCAUGCGCCAGAUUUGCCGUCAUUGUUGGCACCUGGGGAAUCGUUCCAUGAGCUCUUCAGAAAUGGUAAACCAACAUGGUGGCUGGAUUGCGUCUGCCCUACAGAUGCAGAGAUGAGAGCUUUAUCAAAGGCUUUCAGUAUCCAUCCUUUGACAGCAGAGGAUAUCCGUAUGCAAGAAACUCGUGAAAAGGUUGAGCUGUUUAAACACUAUUACUUUGUGUGUUUCCAUACUUUUGAAUCUGAUAAGGAAUCUGAAGAUUUUCUGGAACCUAUCAACGUCUAUAUUGUUGUCUUCAGAAAUGGUGUCUUGACUUUUAGAUUCGCUCCGAUCUCUCAUGCUGCUAACGUUAGAAGACGUGUUAGACAGUUGAGAGAAUACGUUGAUGUGAGUGCGGAUUGGUUAUGUUAUGCAUUGAUCGAUGACAUCACCGAUAGUUUUGCCCCAGUUAUUCAAUCCAUAGAGUACGAGGCUGAUGCCAUAGAAGACCAAGUGUUCCUCUCCCGUGAGGAUGAUUUCGCCAAUAUGUUAUUACAGAUUGGUGAAGCCAGACGCAAAGUCAUGACGCUGAUGAGGUUAUUGUCAGGUAAGGCAGAUGUCAUCAAGAUGUUUGCUAAACGUUGUCAAGAUGAAGCUCAGGGAAUCCCACCUCCUUUAACUUCAAACGUCAACUUGGCAAAUCUAUCGAGUCAAUCAAACAACUUACAGACUCAACCAAGAGGUGAUAUUGCCCUUUAUCUGGGUGAUAUCCAGGAUCACGUUGUUACGAUGUUCCAAAACUUGGCUUCGUAUGAAAAGAUCUUUUCUCGCUCCCAUUCCAACUAUUUGGCUCAACUACAAGUUAAAUCGUUUUAUUCGAAUCACCAAGUGACAGAAAUGCUCUCAAAGGUGACGUUAAUUGGUACUUUGCUCGUUCCAAUGAAUUUAAUUACGGGUUUAUUCGGUAUGAACGUUACAGUCCCAUGGCAAGAUACUGGCAGCUUGGCUGCAUUCUUUGGUAUUCUAGGGUUCUUGGUGUUUAUGGUUGUUACAUUCUCCAUUGCUGCAAAUUGGUGGUUUACCAGAGCUUCUCAAAAGGUGGAGCAAGGCUCCAUGUUUGACUCUGCAAAGUCAAGAAUUGCAACGUUUGGUCGUGCUGGUAAAGCAAGAAACUUGGAGGACGCUGAUCAUCAAAAGGAGGCAAAAUCUAUACUUACUUUCCCAAGUCGGUUUGGUAGAUUUGAAUGA